AUGAAAUUCCUUAAACUCACAUCAAACAAGAAGCAAAACAAUCAUCUCAAAACGCAACAACCCCAAAAUGCUCCCUCAGGACCUUUAAAAAAUUCAAGCCAUAAGAACUAUAUGAUCAACAAUGGAUACAAAAUACCUUGUUUAUCUUGUCAGUUUGGUGACAGCAAGAAAUCAAAACAGACAACCGAAUCAACAAUCCAUUGGUCCCAAAUUUUUCAAAACUCAGUCAUUUUUACAACUUUUGAUGAAAUACUAUUUGGUCACUUAAUAAUUAUAGUUUACAGAUCAACAGACUCCAAAAUCUCAACUGUCACGAUAUCAAAGUAUGGAGUAACAAACUACAAAAACCUAACUUUAAAUCAUAAUUCAAGAUUUUAUCCAAGUUGUGAAAAUUUAUUACCACGUUACAAGAAUUCAAAAGUCAGGCGAUCACUAGCCAUCAGUUGCUUAAAGAACUACAAUAAAUUGAUGAAUAAUUUACAACUCAAAAGUCUACCGAAUUGGGAUGAAACAGUAGCUGGGAGUUUAGCAAAUAAAGCAGUCUUGAUAAACGAACAUUCCUUAAAAUUUGGUGAAAAAUUAUCUGAGUUAGGUUUAAUCACGGAUCAGUAUAUGAAUUCUAUGUUUGUGGAUGUACUUUACAACAAUUCCGAAAAUAGUGAAAUUAUUGAUGAAAAUAAUAAAUUGGUGUUUUUAUUAGGUGAUCAAUUGAAUAAUUUACUCAAUUCAGAGUCGGUGAAUUAUCAACUAAACAAAUUGGCAAAUCGGAAUGAUAUGUUGUAUAAUUCAGAUGGAACGUUAUUCAUUGAGGUUGCAUCAAAUUGGCCACAAGAAUUGAGUCGAGGUUGGAAUCAUAGAAAAGUUGUCGAUAUCCAAGAAGUGAUGAAUUUCAAAAGUAACAAAAAAGAGAUCAUACUUAUAUUUUCAGAUUAUUUGUUAGUUAUGAGUACUACUGAUGAAAAUAUUGCGGAGUUUGAAAAAUCAGUAGGUGAUUUUUUGAUGGAUUCAUUUGAAAAUAAUAAAAAGUUACCGAAAGAUUUGCCAGUUUUUCAAGUAACUGAGUUUCAAAAGACCAAGGAUGUUAAUGUUACUACAUACAUAUCCCAACUAAUUGAUAAACCCGAGAGUGGCGCAUAUUUAAAUUUUACAUUUGAUAACGAAACAACAAGAUAUUAUCGAGUUGAUAAUCCUUCAAUUAGUCUGAAAAUACAAGACUCAAUAACAAAAGCGAAAAUUCACCAAAAAACAACACCAUUCCAUUUGUUCAAAUCUCAUAAAAAUGCAGGUGCUACAACAUACUACGUCGCUCACGAUACUGAAUCAUAUAUAGCAGAAACUUUAAAAUCCCAAUUUCUCAUUACACUCAACAUGGAACAUAGUCUAGACAUACCUUUAUAUUUUCAACAAAAUAAGGAUUUACAAUUAGUUAUCAAUUUAUCGUUUAAUAAUGAUAUAGAAAUUGGAGUUCAAGGGUAUGAUAAGUUUGGUAAAUACCACAUCAACGAAAUUGUUUCAAAGUUUGAUUUGAAUGAAUUUAUUUAUAACACCAUUAACAAGAAUCUCAAGUUUAUGGUUUCCAACUUUAAUAAUUUACAUACUCGGAGUUUAAUUCAUUCAAAUUCUGAGAACAUUAUACAUUUGGUCGGUGCUUUGAAAUCUGAUGAUGAGGUCUCUCAAGCUACGCAUCCUAAUGAAAUACACACCCACAUGAAACCACAGAAGAACCUUAUUCACAAAGAUGCCCCAGCUAAAGUCAAUGAUGACUUACUAGAAAACUCAGACGUAAUCACAAACGAACCGACUUCUAAUCCUUCAAAAAAAGGCAAAGUGAUUCAAGACACUUUCAUACCAAAGGGGACCAAAACAGAAUAUACAGAUAUUUUAAAACCAGCUCCAAGUUUACAACCAAGAUCAGCUUCACUCGACAGUAGUAUAUCUGAAUUCAAGAACCAGCAACUAAAAGCUCAACAGCAACAACAACAUCAGCAACAACAACAACAUCAGCAACAACAACAACAACAUCAGCAACAACAACAGCAACAACAUCAUCAUCAACUAAAUGAUGACAAGCUAAAUAUGAGUUUCAAAUUUCCACAAGAUACAACAAAUCCAAGACUGACCAAUAUGAUUAAUUCAACAAGAUCGAACUCAAUAUCAACAAUAAAAAGAUUAGCAACAAUAGAUGAUCUUUCCGUAUUAGCAAAUUCUCAAAACCUAACGUCAUCAAUCUACUCAGACCUAGACGAAUAUCAAAAUGAACCAAACUGGUCAAUAUUAGAAAAUGAAAACAAUGGAGAAUCACAGCUCCCCAAAAAAUUAAAAAGAAUAGAAUUUCAAACUGAUAGAAAUCAACCACUGUUUUUAAAUCCUAUAUCUAUUAAUUCGUCAAGGAAUACUUCGAACAAUUCCAAAUCCACUGACUUUUCAAGUUCAUCAAAAGGAGAUGGUUCAGUCACCUCACUGAUAUUUUCUAAUCAAAAUUCAGAACAGAAUGAUUACUUGAAAGAUUACAACUUAUUAAAGAACCUUACUAAACAACAACCAAAAAAAGAAAACUCAAUUCAACAAUUAUCAAACUUUAAAAAUUCGAUAAAUUUCGGUUCAUUCAACGUAAGAUUAACAGAAAAUUGA